GGGUUUUGCGGCGGAACUGGCGCGUGCUGAUCCUUCAUCUGUCGCCCUUGGCAGCGGGAGGCGGCGGGAGACCAUGGUGCUGGACGAACUGUGGGCCGCGCUCUCCGGCGCCUCCGGGCUUGCCCUGGCCUGCUGCUUGGUGGCGGCGGCCGUGGCCCUGCGCUGGUCCGGUCGCCGGACGGCGCGGGGCGCGGCGGCCCGGGCGCGACAGCGGCAGCAAGCGGCGCUGGAGAACAUGGGCAAGGCUGCGCAGCGCUUCCGGCUCCAGAACUCCGACCUGGACUCCGAGGCAUUGCUGGCGCUGCCCCUGCCUCAACUGGCGCAGAAGUUACGCAGUGGGGAGCUGUCCCCGGAAGCUGCGCUCUUCACCUAUGUGGGAAAGGCCUGGGAGGUGAACAAAGGGACUAACUGUGUGACCACCUACCUGGCAGACUGUGAGACUCAGCUGUCCCAGGCCCCAAGGCAGGGCCUGCUCUACGGUGUCCCUGUGAGCCUCAAGGAGUGCUUCAGCUACAAGGGCCAGGACUCGACAUUGGGCUUGAGCCUGAACGAGGGGGUGCCAGCAGAGUGUGACAGCGUGGUGGUGCAGGUGCUGAAGCUGCAGGGCGCUGUGCCCUUCGUGCACACCAACAUCCCCCAGUCCAUGUUCAGCUAUGACUGCAGUAACCCCCUCUUCGGCCAGACCAUGAACCCAUGGAAGUCCUCCAAGAGCCCAGGUGGCUCCUCGGGGGGCGAGGGGGCCCUCAUUGGGGCUGGAGGCUCCCCGCUGGGCUUAGGCACUGACAUUGGGGGCAGCAUCCGUUUUCCCUCCGCCUUCUGUGGCAUCUGCGGCCUCAAGCCCACGGGGAACCGCCUCAGCAAGAGUGGCCUGAAGGGCUGUGUCUAUGGACAGGUGGCAGUACAGCUCUCAGUCGGUCCCAUGGCCCGAGACGUGGAGAGCCUGGCGCUGUGCCUGCGAGCGCUGCUGUGUGACGACAUGUUCCGCUUGGACCCCACCGUGCCGCCCCUGCCCUUCAAGGAGGAGGUCUACACAAGCUCUCAGCCCCUGCGUGUGGGGUACUAUGAAACUGACAACUAUACCAUGCCCACCCCGGCCAUGAGGCGGGCCCUGCUGGAGACCAAGCAGAGCCUUGAGGCUGCUGGCCACACGCUAGUUCCCUUCCUGCCAAGCGACAUACCCCAUGCUCUGGAGAACCUGUCGACAGGUGGGCUGUUCAGUGACGGCGGCAGUAGCUUCCUACAGAAUUUCAAAGGUGAUUUCGUGGACCCCUGCUUGGGGGACCUGGUCUCAAUUCUGAAGCUGCCCAGGUGGCUUAAAGGACUUCUGGCCUUCCUGCUGAAGCCUCUGCUCCCGAGGUUGGCAGCCUUUCUCAGCAGCAUGAAGUCUCGGUCGGCUGGAAAGCUCUGGGAACUGCAGCACGAGAUUGAGGUGUACCGCAACUCCGUGAUUGCCCAGUGGCGAGCGCUGGACCUGGAUGUGCUGCUUACCCCCAUGCUGGGCCCUGCUCUGGACUUGAAUGCCCCAGGGAGGGCCACAGGGGCUGUCAGCUACACUCUGCUCUACAACUGCCUGAACUUCCCAGCGGGGGUGGUGCCCGUCACCACGGUGACCGCCGAGGAUGAGGCCCAGAUGGAACGUUACAGGGGCUACUUUGGGGAUAUCUGGGACAAGGUGCUGCAGAAGGCCGUGAAGAAGAGCGUGGGGCUGCCUGUGGCCGUGCAGUGCGUGGCUCUGCCCUGGCAGGAAGAGUUGUGUCUGCGGUUCAUGCGGGAGGUGGAGCUACUGAGGACCCCUGAAAAGCGGCCAUCCUGACUUCUGCCCGC